ACGUCACCGUUUGUGACCCCUGGUUGAUCCUAGUUGAUCUUCUUUACCAGUAAGCAGUGAGUCGCGGUUAGAGUCCUGACUUCGCUAGGUGAGACUACGUUUGUCUGCUCUUAACAGGCCUUGAAGAGCUCUGUUUGGCACAUCUUCUUUCGACUUUAUUUUCGCCUGCCACGACACAGGCAUGCGGUGGAUAACAAUUCAUUGUGUACUUAUUUUCCAAGUCUUUCUUUUCGCGGAGGGCAUUUUCCAAGAGGAAGAGCUGCGCGCGUACCUCUCUCACUUCAAUGCCACAAGAAACAACCACGUAGACCCAACAGCGAAGGCGGUGGCUCGGGACUACAUCAUCCAAUUAUUCGUUAAGCACGGACUGGACACGUGGACGGAACAGUUUCCUUCCAAUCAGGAAAAUUACCCAGGCUUGAAUGUGAUUGGUCUCCUUCCUGGUCGAUACUAUGGCACAAGCCAAGACAAACUCGUCAUCAUCGCGUCUCAUUACGACACGGUAUCAACUACCAAUGGCGUGGAUGAUAAUGGCUCCGGUAUGGCGGCCCUUCUACACGCUAUCAAGAAUUAUACCACGACAGAUGAAGACGUCAAGUGCACUCAAAACCACACGCUUCUGUUCGUUGCCUUUGACCUAGAGGAGGUACAGGACCGGGGCUCCUGUGGCAAUUUUAGCUGUGGAUGCGCCAGGGCACUCUGCGGCAGCGGUUACUUUGUCUCCAACUUAACCAGGUAUUUGAACGAGACCGGGGGGAGCAUCCAGGGUGCUUACGUGAUGGACACUGUCAUGAACUACAACUCGACGCCAAACUCUCAGGUGCUUCCAGCAGGGGCGGGGCAUGUCAUGCCACCGGAGCAGCUCAAGAGAAUAAGCGAUAACCUGCAUCGUGGCAACUUCUUAGUGGCUAUCGGGCGCAAGGUCCCGGAUGCUAGCCUUCAGAAGGCGUUUUAUGAUAGCUACAAGAAAGAUGAUGACUUCCGGAUUGAAGAUGUUCUACUUCCGUUCACCGGUCAGACAUCCAAGCUACCAUCCCUUCAACGAUACGCCAUGGAAGCAUUCUUCCGCAGCGAUCACAGACAAUUCUGGGACUCUGAGCCAUCCUGGCCAGCGGUGUUUCUUACGGAUUCUGCUGACUAUCGCGGCUUUAUGACCGUCUGCUACCACGAGUUGUGUGACGACAUAAGUCACGUGACUCCUGAGAUGAUCACGUCGCUUGGAAAAACCGCUGACGCGCUCGUGGGCGCUGCUACAUUGUUGACUGAAAGAAUGUGUGAAGCGAAGAAAGCUCCUAGCCCCAGUACCGGAACAAGAGGCUUUGAGACGCUGAUGAAAGGCGGCUCUGCUGUGGAUGGUAUCGUGAGUGGUAUCACAGCAUGUGAACUGAAGCCGUGUGCGAACAACCCCUUGAACCCAAACGUAGGCUUUGGAGGGAAGCCCAACGAGGUGGGCGAGACCACGCUUGACGCCCUUAUUAUGAAUGGAGUCGGCCAUCAAAGUGGUGCUGUUGGUUGCCUUAGACGCGUCAAAAACGCUAUAGGGGUAGCCCGUGCGGUCAUGAACUACACGAAGCACUCUUUACUUAUUGGAGAUGAUGCAACAAAUUUUGCCAAAGAGUUUGGUUUUCCCGAAGAGAGCCUAACCACUAACAACUCCAGAAAGGUCUGGGAGGACUGGAAGUCAAACAAAUGCCAACCAAACUUCUGGAAGAAUCUUCCAGGGGACCCGCAGUCAGGCUGCCGUCCUUACUCCUUCCCAGAUACACAAAGUAGAAAGAGAAGAGAGGUCGCCGAGGACAAUCACGAUACAAUAGGAAUGGUUGCUGUUGACGCCAAUGGUAAUGUAGCCGCGGGUUGCUCCACCAAUGGACUCGGAUUCAAGAUACCCGGACGUGUCGGUGAUUCUCCCAUCGCGGGCGCGGGAGCGUACGCUGACAAUGACGUGGGCGCAGCCGCUGCCACGGGUAACGGUGACAUCAUGGCGAAAUACUUGCCCACGUACCAGACAGUAGAGUUCAUGAGACAAGGAUUCUCUCCCGAAAAAGCUGCCGAGAUGGCACUGAUGAGGAUUCACAAAAUCUACAAGGACGGAUUUACUGGCUCUGUUAUCGCCGUGAACAAAAAAGGAGAAUACGGUGCUGCUAGUUAUAAAUGGACAAGUUUCAAAUACUCGGUUCGUAAUCCCGCGCUGGGCAAGUCAGUAGUUGGGGACAAGGCUCCAUUUGAUCCUGCUAGAGCCGCACGGGAGCCCGCGUGUGGACCCACGAGCGGAGCAGUGUCAAGUACAGUCAAGAUUUUUUGUGUCGGCUUGUUCUCGAUAGUCGUCAUGUCAGUGUUGUAAGAGGCGUUGCGUUGUUGAGUUUUGCGGCGCUUCACAAAAAAAGGAAUGUAGCGCAAAAAUGUCCACGUUCAUAAUACAGACUCGUAGUGCAGACUCCAAAAAAGAAAUGACAAACUCAUUAAAAGUGCCCACAAUAUUUUCGUCGUGUGGCUUGGCAAAUUGAGGUUUUAGAAUAGCCUAUGCUUUUUUACUGUUGUAUACCAAAAAUUCAAUAAACACGCUUAUGACCGUAA